CCGUUGUGUAGAAUGGUGCUAUUGAUUAAGAACAUCACAGACGUGGUAACAUCACCGAUAAUCUCAACUGAUCAAGUGUAUCUUCUCGCUGCCCUGAUAAGAGAAUAUCUGGAACUGAGAGUUGGUGUGUUCAAUGACCCACUCAGGCCGAAACACCACUACACCACCCACUACCCGAAGAUGAUUCGCUGGCUCGGGCCGUUGAUGUCAUACUGCACAUUGUUUUGUGAACGGAAACAUUGUUUUUUCAAACGGGCCGUUCGCAGCACGCUAAACUACAAAAAUGUGCUGAAAUUUUGCACGGAGCACCACCAAUACUACCAAGGUGUACUAAACGAACAGGGUCUGCGAUUUGAAGACAAAUUUGCCCUUCAAACGUUUCUGGAAAAUUACAACGACUUGCCAUCGACAACUAAAGAGGAAUUGAGCGCUUUUGGGUUGCUGAAACCAGAACUUAUCUAUGUUGAAAGCGGAAGUUAUCAAGGCUACAAUUAUAGAAAGGAUAGCUUUUUGUUCGUGAAACAUGAUGAUUACUCCGAGUCGAUAGUAUUUCUCAAAUUGAAAUUAAUGAUUUAUGACAAUGAACAAAACAGCAUCUACAUGUUUGGCGAGAAGUGGUCAGUCGUGGACAUACACGAACGAGGAAUCUUACAAGCGAACCAAAACGAGGAAGAGAUAAUCUGCCAACCGAUUGAGAAUUUCAUUGAUAAAACGCCCAUUCAAUCGUUUAUUGAAAACAACACAGAAUAUCUAUUUAUUACCCACGCACUUCCUCUGCAGUAACAGCAGCCGAACCAUGGAGCAAAUAACAAUCUUCAAGAUCUGCGAUCUGCACAUGAACAACCGCCAAAUGAUUGCCUGCCAACCGAAUAGAGAAAGUGUUCUUGAUCAUGGAUCUUCAGCUCUACAAAAGCAAGUGAACCGAAUCCUUCUCGCCGCGGACGGUUGCGAAAUUACCACCGAUUUGGUCUUAACAGCGUGUCAAAGUCAGCUGCUGAUGUUGCUGAGCCAGGGCGAAGCAUGGAUGUCGUUCGGUUCUAACACCGUUCCGGUAGAGGAAACGGCAAAUUCGCCAUUCCGCGUCGAAGUACCAAUUGGUGACAGCAACACGAUCGGCGAAGAUUACAAUCUCGAGCUAGCUGAUGAAAUCAUUCUUCUGGAAGGAGGACACACUCAAGAUGCUACGGAAAUGAAAUCCUUUAAUUUGAGUGACCUACACGUGAAGAAUCCGGGGUUUGACGCGCCGAUCGGAGAAUUUCCGGUGGCUCUAACAUCACCAUCUACGUCUACGUCCACCGUCCAGAAGGCCGCCGUCACUGCUCGUGCUGCCGACGAAUGUGAACCCAGCAAAACCGAUGAAAACCGAUCGCCCAACGUCCCGACGAAGCGGCCGGUUGAGCAGAUUAGCAUCGUGAAGCCAAAGAGGAAGCUUACUACAGAUAUGAAGUUUCAUAGUUUCCAAAUAGAUUGGACAAAAGUGAGCGACCGGCUUUUGAACAAGUUCAAAGAUCAUCAAGAAUUCGUAGACAAAAAUCCCGAUAAACCCGUUCCGCGAGAAGUCCGAAUCACCAACGAUGACAUCAAUGAUUUGAUCCCAGUUGUCGUUGAACAGCUCCGAGCGAUCGAUACGGACAUUUCAGCCGACGUUAUGAAGUCUGUAGCGCUACAAAUCACGGGAAAAUUCCCUUGCCUCGAUUUUCCCGACGACGACGGUUUUAAGGACGGCAAGGGUUUCGUGAUGAUCAAGUCGAAGUUAAUCAACAGGAACAGUUAUUGCAAACGAUUCAAGGAGGGAAAAGUAGUCUCGUCGUCGCGAUCCGAUCGAUCAAAACAAUUGAACGCAAAGUCCGGUACGCUAAAGGAGUAUUGGGAAAACACGGCAGCUGAAUGUCCCAAAGCCGCACACUCGAUCCUGCUGCGCGAUGAACCGGAUUUGCUGACUGAUUCUGUUCUGGAAGAAACGCAGCCUUUCGUGCGAGUUCUACUGAACAGUCAAGACACGCAUAAAAUGCUGUCGAAGUGGCCUGUUCUGCGACGAGCAAAUCUUCUUAAAUUUCAUUUCGAGAAAGCAACCGGCCGAAACCUCAACGAUCUGUCCAAGUAUUGGAAUGCAAAAAAAACUAAAAUGAUUGAUUACUCUCGAACUGUAAAAAAAACUGUUCCACUCGGCGGCGAGGCAACGACACUUCAAAUCUGCACAUUUUUGGCGUUUCUUGUGGGAGAAGAGAUCAACAAGCUGAUCAUCAACAAAGAGAUGGGCACAAGCAUCGACGAUAUUUUCACGAAUGAGGCCAGUCCAGUGAUAGUGGGAAUCGGUGAGUCCAGCCAUAUUUUUAAUUGAUUAAUUAUUAACAAAACACAGCUCUAUAACUAGGUUCAGAACUUCCUCCAACGUUUAAUGCACUUUGUGUUUUUGCUCGACUUUCAUGUCUGUUUGUCUGUGGUACAAAGGUUUUGAACUAAUAAAUCGCCCUGAUCUUAUUUUGGGCUACAUCCCAAUUCAAAUUGAUGGUUUUAGAUAUUACACCGACCAACAAAAUUUCUGCGCAGGCUCAACUGAGGAGAAGUAUGAAGUUUGAGUUCCUCAGAAACAAGUUCACUUUGAUUUUUUCAAAAAUAUUUUGGGCAGGGCCGAAUGGUUUUUCUCCAAAGUUUGUUUGCCGGGUCCGGUGCUGUAGUGGCUAGCGUGGUAGUCUCUCACCACAGUAAGGCCUGGGUUCAAUCCCAGACGGACCCGGUGGCAUUAUCGAGACGAGAUUUGUCUGAUCACGCCUUCUAUCGGAUGGGGAAGUAAAACGUCGGUCCACUUGCGUAAAAGAGGUUUUGGAUGACUCACCACACAUAACCUUCGGACGCCUAGAAAUGAGCAGAAACUUGCAACAGAGACCACAAAAGACCCGGGGGUCGUUAAAGUGGAUUGCUUUGCUUUGUUUCUGGGGACCUCAAGCUUCAUGCUUCCCCUCGAGUUUAGCCUACACAGACAUUUUUGUCAAUUUUUGUUGGUCAGUGUUAUGUUAUGCUCCAUUUAAAUGUUCUAAUACACUCAACCCCCGUUGGUUGGUCACUUUUUCGUUUGACCAACGAGGUAUCCGUUCCUUGGCCAAAGUCAAACUAAAAAGUGACGAACUGUCACUUUUUAUACGGGACACACACUUACUAUCAAACCAAUCAUUUGAUA